UAAUUCCAUUUUUAAUUGUUAAUUGUGCUUUUUAAACUCAAUCAAUUUUGUUCCUUUUGUAUCAAUUCCAUAAUUUAUCUCUCGCUCUUUGAGAAUAAACCUGCCGAAUUCUAAUUGUUUGAAUUCUAAGACUCUGGUUAAUCAUAAUUCUUUCCAAAGAUAUUUGGUUAUUGAGAGAACAGCUAAUUUAGGAAAAUGUCGACUUUGGAUAAAAUUGCCCAAAUUGAGGCUGAGAUGGCCCGUACUCAGCGAAACAAGGCAACCAUGGGUCAUUUGGGUCUCUUGAAAGCCCGACUUGCCAAAUUAAGACGGGAAUUGAUUACCCCUAAAGGUGGUGGAGGUGCUGCUGGGGAAGGUUUUGAUGUCGCAAAAACUGGUGAUGCGAGAAUUGGUUUUGUCGGUUUUCCUUCUGUUGGCAAAUCAACAUUAAUCUGUAAUCUUGCCGGUGUUUACUCUGAAGUUGCUGCAUAUGAAUUUACCACUUUAACAACAGUUCCUGGUGUGAUUAGAUAUAAAGGAGCCAAGAUUCAAAUGUUAGAUUUACCGGGUAUCAUUGAAGGAGCCAAAGAUGGUAAAGGUAGAGGUAGACAGGUAAUCGCAGUUGCCAGAACAUGUAGUUUAAUUUAUAUUGUUCUUGAUGUGCUUAAACCUUUGGUCCAUAAAAGAUUGAUUGAGAAAGAACUGGAAGGAUUUGGUAUAAGAUUGAAUAAACAGCCUCCAAAUAUAACCUUUCGUAAGAAAGAAAAAGGUGGAAUUGCAUUACAAACACUCGUACAACAAUCUGAACUUGACCUGGAAACAGUUAAAACCAUUUUAUCCGAAUAUCGAAUCCAUAAUGCUGAUGUAGUACUCAAGUCUGAUGUUACUUGUGAUGAUUUUGUCGAUGUCAUUGAAGGUAAUCGUGUAUACAUACCCUGUAUUUAUGUACUAAACAAGAUUGAUCAAAUAUCCGUUGAGGAAUUGGAUUUAAUUUAUAAGAUACCUCACACUGUUCCCAUAUCAGCUCAUCAUAAGUGGAACUUUGAUGAUUUACUUGAAUUAACUUGGGAAUAUCUGAAACUCGUUAGAAUUUACACCAAACCCAAAGGACAACUUCCUGAUUAUGGAUCACCUGUUAUUCUGAGUGAAGAUAGAACCUCAGUUGAAGACUUUUGUAAUAAGCUUCACAGAACCAUCAUAAAAGAGUUUAAAUGUGCUCUUGUUUGGGGAUCAUCAGUGAAACAUUUUCCUCAGAAAGUUGGAAAGGAUCACGUUCUGAACGAUGAAGAUGUCGUUCAAAUUGUGAAAAAGAUUUAAUCAUGAUGAAUUGACAUUAACCCUAUUGGGAAAUCAGCGGAAACAAUCGGGAAUAUCUAAUGAAUUUUGAGAAAUUAUUUGUUAUCCAAUUGACAAAAAAAGAUUACGAUUGUUAAAUUAAAAACUUUCCACUAUCUUCA